AUGACCCUCUCCGCCGAAGACAAGUCCCUCGUCAUCAAGAUGCUCGCCACGUGCCAGCACAUCUUCAAGGUGGACCGUCCCAGCCUCCCGCGCCCCGACAAGAAGCAUAAUGCCUUCAUCAACGCGGUCGCGACCGAGCUGGGCAUGAGUAAUGCCGAGCGUGAUGCGGCCCGGGCCGCGGGAAAGGCUAAAGAUGGCGAUGACAAGCCCAAGGCCAAGACCGCACCCAAGCCUAAACCCAAGCCCAAGUCCAAGCCCAAGCCUAACGGCAGUGUGGGCGGUAUGCCCGAGGACAAGCCGUCGCCGCGGAAGCGCCGCCGUACGUCCGAGGACGGGAUGGACCAGGAUGACGAGUAG